GCUGAAAGGGCACAAUGGAAGCCUGUGGGUAUACGCAUGUGCAGCUCUUGUGGGAGCGGCACGCGCCAGAAUGCUGGCGGUGGAGGUGCUUUUCCCGACAUCGCCCAAUUGGUAUUCAUCUCAUGUUGCCGACGUACUGUCAGAUGGAACGGUUGCUGUUGCAACCAAUCAGGCUGUGACGUUUUUUGCGGCCACUUCACGUCAAGUGAGCAGCAUUUUGCCACUGCGCAGCCGGGUGACUGGCGUGGCCCUCGCAGAUGGAGUGGUUGCUGCUUGCUGCACAGACCGUGUCGUGCAUUCUUAUCGUCUGGAAUUACUGGAGAACUUGGGGUUCCACAAGGAGCAUCAUGCAGAGCCAAGCGCGUUGAUCAUUGUGAAAGGGUCAGUCAUCUCUGGCGACAAGCGCGGCACCCUAUGCAUUUGGGUGCCGGGAGCGGCGAAGAAAGUGGAGAGGAUGGUGCCGCAGAAAGAUUCAGUGAUUUGCCUAUCUGCAAAUUCAGUGGGCACGCACCUUGCAGUGGGCUACCACAGCGGCAAUGUCGCAGUGGUGGAUCUUGAGAGCCGCGUCUUCCUUUGCUUUCGCCUGCGCGCCUCUGUGCAAAGCCUUUCAUGGAUUCCUGGCGAGAAUGGCCUUGUAAGCGCUUGUCAGGAUCAAUCUGUGCAGCUGUGGAGGCUUCCCUCUGAGCUGGCUGGUGCCGAGGAGCCCUCUGCAGAGCAGCAGAUCUCCCCGGCUGCUCAGUCUCGAGACGAUAGCAAGAACUGGAUAUGCGUUUGCGCGCUUUCUGGCUCGAUGAUCCUUUUCAGUGGGUCUCGCGGUGAGCUUUUUUGUUGGGAGGAAGGCCGCAAGCCAAGCAGGGCUGCCCCACUCCACACUAGACCCAUCUUCGGCAUGAAAGCCGUGGGAAGCGAUCAUGUACUUACAGCAGGGAUGGACCGCUUCAUUGUCCUCUGGAGCUGUCGUGUUAUGUCGUGUUAUGUGUUUCUUGCUUCUGCUUUCAGAGCCUUAGGUUUCACCUUUGCAAGGAGCACAACUCCAGGUGCCGCUCCACAGAUGAAGUGGCGAUUCUGCUGCCUUGGAGGGCAUGUCACUGCUGUACGGGCAGAUGCAAACAUUGCCUGCAUAGGUUGUGGAGACAACAGCCUGCGGGUGAUGGAUCUCAUGCACAGGGAGCAUCGCCAGCACUGCUGGGUUGCCUGGAAGGGCCUCCGCACUGCCGUGACCUGUUUGGCUUCCAGCGGCCGCGGCGCCUGGGGGUACGGCCUCCAGGAUGGUAGCUUUGGCGUCCUGGCUGUCAACGCAUCGGAUGGUCCAGGACCGGCAGAACCGCUUUGCACAAGGAGUCAUCCAAGCCCUGUGAGUGAUGUGUGCUGGAUGCAGCUAGCAAUCCGCGAGGCUCACAAGGAAUCACAGGAGACGGAGAGCAGAGGCCCAAAGAAGGGCAAGAAGGACUGUGGUGAAGAUUGCCGCAGCUUGCUCCAAGGCCUAGGGCUGCUCUCCCUGAGUACUGGUCGGGUGCUGCUUACACCAGUUGGCGGCAGCUCCUCUGUUGUGCAGCUGUUGCCGCUGGCCGGAGUGCCAGCGCAGCCCUGUGCAGCUGCUUUGUGGCCUUUAGCGGGCAAGUUGUCCAAACGAGGAGAAGAGGUUCUGGUGAUUGCUGCCAUGCACAAGGCUGGCGAGACAAGUGUGGAGACCAACAGCUUCCAAUUCUUCUGCUUGGCAGAAGGUGCCGAGGACUUGCGCUGCAUGGGCCUUGCAACAGCUGACGGCCUGGAUGGCGGUGUGACAAAGAUGUCGCUGUGUGCGACCUCAGACGGUCCAACAUGCGGCAGGCUUGCCUGCGGCACCAGCAAAGGAGGCCUCGCAGUGUUCCACUUGCAGUGGCCGCCUAGUGCUGCAAGUGCUGCGGCUGCCCAGGCAGUUGAUGGUGGUAUGCCGCCGGCCAUGUCUCCAGAGGCCUUGGUUCGCUGCCACAGCAAGGCGGUCGUGGACGUGCAGUGGCGACCAGGGAGCUCUCAGGAAUCUCAGCUUCUUUCUGCUGGGCAGGAUGGCUCCGUGAAGGUGUGGUCCUUGGAGUUCAAGCCCACGGCGUUGAAGCUGCGAAGCAAUGCCAAUCCCACCAGUGGAGCGUUGCUUGCAGCAUGCUGGGAUGCCAGUGGGGAGGAAUCCGCUGUGCUGGCGGGCGGACGCGACCAGAUUGCCUUUCGUUGGCUGCCGGAGGCAGCUGACGUGGCACCAGUUGCCGUUCCCAUGCACAUGCCCAAGGAGAAGGAGGCUCCACCUUCGCAGCCACGAGUGUCCGCUGCUCGUGUGAAGGCUGCAACCAAGGCUGUGCCGAAGGCUGCCAGCACUGCCAAGGAGAAGUCUUCUUUGCUGUCGCAGACCUCUGCAGCACUCUACCAGCAGUCUUCCAAGGCUCGCGCAAUGGAACUGGCACGAGUUGCACUUGAAGGUGAUGAUGACAGUCUUUGGCCAGGCGAACCUUUGCGAGCAGACUCGGCAGACGGAACCUUGCUGGAGGCGGUGUUCAUCAACCGGCAAAGCCUGGCGGAGCAGUGGCUCCAGCUGGAGUUGAGCCAGGCCGAUGGCCACCGGGCAUGGCUGCUGCAGACCUGGGCCGACGAGGACGUGGAGCCCGAGCUCGGCGCACCCCCUGUCUCCGCCGCGUGGCUUUGGGCAGCCUUGGCGCGUGAUCGCAAUGAGGCGUUGGCACAGCUGGUGGCCAACGAUGCCGAGAACAUCCACCAUAGGGUUGUGGCAGCGCUGGCAUUGGGGCGCUUGGAGGAUGCAGUUGGCCUCUACCUGUCACAAGAGCUUUUGGCGGAGGCCUUAUUGCUGGCCCGUCUACGGCUGCCAUCGCGGCACCCGCUGGUGCUCCACAUCUACCGCGGCUGGGCGCAAGACUUCCAGCGCCGCGGCCGCCAGGACCAGAGCGCUCUUUGCUUCUUCGCCACCAAGGAGCUGGGCAAAGCCAUGUCCCAGUUAGAGGACUGGCUGGCAUUGCCGCGAGCUCCGCUGGGCCCAGACCCCUUGCGUUUGGCGGCUGCCUUUGCAGCUGCCAAGGCAGCAGCCAGACUGAAGGUUGACGGCAUGCCGGAUGGAAGAGGUCAAGGUGAUAGUGAGGACGAUGCUGACUAUGACGCCACUUUGGCCUUCGACCACCGAAGUUGGUGGGGUCGGCCGGAGUUACGGGCAGCCGUUCAGGCCUGGAAGCGCUGCAUCGUAGAGGCGCUGCACAUGGGUGAUGCUUGCUCGGCGCUGCGCCUUGCCAGGGUGGGCCCCUUGAAGCGCGCCUUGACCGAAGGCGAGCGCUUCCUCCGCGGUGCCCUGGCUGGUUAUGCAUCUGCCAUGGCCUGGUGGGUGCAGCUGCAGAAGCAGCCAGAGGCAGAGAGCCCGACUUUCAGCAGCUUCCUGGAGUCCGCCUCCUUGGAGGAGGAGGUAGACUGGGACUUUGAAUGGCGUGCGCUGACAUGGCUGCCAGCUUACGCCGCAACGGAGGACCCGCUGCUGUGCGCUGCCGUGGAGCUGGGCCGAGGCUGCGCGUCUUUGGCCUCUGGCGGGCGUGGAGACGACCCUGAGGCACCCUGGACACACUUGCUGACGGCUAUGGAUGCCUUGAUGAGAGGAGCUUCCACCGCGCUGCAAAGCAUGCAAGCCGACGGACCUUCUCCUGCCCAGGCGGAAGGAUUCCUUCUGGCCGCAGAGCCCUUGCGGCGCCUUGCUGGCUUGCGCAGGCCCGGCGAGUCCUCACCUCGCGACAUGUGCGUCAAAGCAGUUGCAGAUCUCACAGCUGAGAAGCUCAGAGCUGCAGGCAGACGUGACGAGGAUGUCAAGGACAGCAACAGGUGGGACAUGAUGGGCAGAGUGCUGUUUGGCCGUCCAGAUUGCAGCCUUUCUGACAUCUUUUUCUUGGGCUUUGGCUUUUCGAGGCUGAAGCACAGCAACGAGGAUCCGUUGCGGCUGGACGAGCUCAGAUCAGUGGUGCGCAAGCUGCCGCUGGAGGCAGCACCUGAUGCCUGGCUGGUGGCCCAAGAGAUUCAGCAGGCAGUGCUGGGUGCAGCUGCAGGCUGCGGCCUGCAAGGUGUUGCUGUGGGAGUGCAGGCCCAGGAGGACGUGGCCACAUCUGAGAUGAUGAUCAAGCACUGCGUCUCAACGCUGCAAGAGCUGCACAGCACUGUGCCUGGGCUAGUGCCGCUGGCCUUCUUGGGCUGGCGCUCCCGGUGGUCCAGCCAGAGCCGGCCAGCGGAGGACCUGCCAGAGUACAUGGGUGACGAGGAGCCCGAGGUUCAUGGUCCUGCGGCUGUAACGCUGCAGCUCCUGGCUGCGCUGGCGGAGCUGCUGGAUGCGCCCGGGGCGGAGCCGCCCUCCGAGCUGCUGGGCUUGGAGGCCUUCCCCGGUCUGUGCUGGGCCCAGCGCCUGGCUCUGCUACGGGGCCCCGGCCUUCACUCGGCCUGUGACCUAUUAGCAGAACUCCGCUGAGUCGAAGAGUCGAAGCUGGUUGAAAGAGCGACAUAUCGCACACUAUGUUGCCAGCCGUCGCUGCAUUUUAUGUGGUCCGUGUUUUCCGUGGCUUGAAAGCUGCACAGCUGGCAUUAUGAUUCACUUUGGUGACUGUUCAGC